AUGGAAGGCCUCAUCCCAUUCAUCUACAGGGCCAUCGUGCAGUACAAGAAGGAAGGGCAGGUCUCCGUGGGCGACCUCUUCUUCGACGAGCCCUCGCCAACGUCCUACUUCCAUCUCCCGGGCGACUCCGGCCGGUACCAACAGGUGACGACGACGAGCGAUCUGUUCUCCCAGACUACGGCCAGCUCUGGUCCUCCUAAGGAGAGGCUUUGCACACUGGAGUGA